UCUUGCAAUGAGUAAAGUGAUUUGGAAGUGUAAAAGUAGUGUAAAAUUUAAGUUUUAAAAGUUACUUAGCCAAUGGUAAUAGUCACCAAACAUCCUCAAUGUUUUUCCGCAUCGGAUUAUCUACUUCCUACCAAAUUAUUGCUGAGGUAUGUCCAAUAAUAUGGGAAUGUUUGUCGCCUAUAUAUUUACCGAGAAAAGAUGCCUUUGAGUGGGAACUUGUUGCUCGCGGAUUUUAAGACAAAUGGUAUUUUCCCAACUGUUUAGGAGCAAUAGACGGAAAAGAAAUCCGAAUAAAGAAGCCGCCACAUUCAGGCAGCAUAUUUUUUAAUUAUAAAAAGUUUUUUAGCUUUAAGCUUUUAGCAAUCUGCGAUGCCUAUUAUAGGUUUACAUGGAUCGAUGUUGGUGACUAUGGUAAUUACAAUCCAAACCAAAACAUCUUCGAUGCAAAAAGCUCCAUCAAGAAAAUUUUUUUGUAAUUGUCAAAACAAUUAGUGAAAUAAAAGUUUACCAACUAAAAUUGAGUCAAUAUUUUACAUUACAUUUUGAAUUGUAACAAAUAUGAUAUUUAAUUUUUUAAUUAACGUAAACAAAAAAUUAAAUCUAAUUAUUCUUCUUAAUAAAAAAUUUUUAUUUAAGACAAUUUUAAAAUUGAUAAUUUUUCUAACUUAUAAUUGAUGAAAGAUUCUAAUAUGUUCCUACACAUAGGGUGGUAAUUACGUCAAAAAGUUAUAUCGCUUUCUAAUUUUUUUUUGUUCGAAUUUUAUUAAUAUAAAAUUUAAAAAAAUGUCGAAAAGAAAACAAAACCAAAAAAGUAGUGAAUUUUUAAUAUAUAUAAGAAAGACACAAUAAAUUUACUUAAGAAACAGAAUUUAAAAGUACCGAAAUACUCUAAUUACCAAGAAAUUUUGGAAGAUUAUGAGCACGAUAAUGAGAAGUUAAUAAAAAGCUUUGCGUUAAGAGUGUGCUACGGAUCAGACGAUGUGCUCAGAGAAUGCUGUGAAAUACUGUCAGUGUUAUUCACUCGUAUAAUAGAAAAAUCAAUUUCCUUUUCUUUCGAAAGUAAUCAAGAUUUGUAUAAUCUUUUUUGGGAAUCUGGAUUAGGUAACAAUAUGCGAUGCACUGGUCAGUUUUUGUGUAUUCAUGCACUAAACGUGACUAGUAUGGGAAUAUUAUUAAAUUAUGGAUAUGAUACAUACGGUAUCAAAUCCCUCGAUAAAGAAUCAUUAAAGUUUAUCUUAAAUCCAUUGAUUACUGUACCUUACACAUAUGCAUGCACUGAAAAAGCCAAAAUUCACCGGUCAGAAAGUGGUAUGUUUUAUCAGCAUCGCUCGAAAGAUAUACUAGAAAAUCCAGUUAUGUUAAAACUUUUGCUUCGGGCAUGUUAUAAACAUAAAGAUGCUAUUAUCGAUUAUGUUGAAAAAAAUAUCUCAUUUCCAAAAGUUUUGCUUGAAGAAUUAUGUUUCGAGAUAAGUUAAAACUCUACCAAGCGGCAGAGCAGCCAUCACAACAUGCGAAAAGCAAAUUGUUUUCUUUUUGAGGAGUAAUUUAAGUGUAUUAAAGGGAAUUUUUGAUAUUUGCAAAGAAGGUUUUGAAUUGGAGAUUGAAAACAGAAUUUUUCUAAAAUGUUCCGAAAUAAUCGUUGAGAAUAUAAAUGUACAAGAUUAUAUUAACUACAUUGAUAACAUGGAAUCAGAACAUUUCGGCACUUAUUCAAUGAAAUACGAUUCAACAUUUAUUACACCAUACCGAACGGGUUCAGUGCAUCCUCUUUUUGGCUUACAAUUUCCGAGAAACGUUACACAACAAGUGAAAAAACACAAAAAACCUACAAUAACAAAAAUUGAGAUUAUUAAGCGUAAACGGAUAAAGGUAACAGAAGAUGACACAAACGACCAAAACGAAACUGAUUCAACAGAUGAAGAAAAACACAAAAGAAAACCUACAAUAACAAAAAUUGAGAUUAUUAAGCGUAAACGUAUAAAGGUAGCAGAAGAUGACACAAACGACCAAAACGAAACUGAUUCAACAGAUGAAGAAGAAAUGGAUAAUUCAACAUCUGAAGUAAAUGAUUCAAUAUUAAGUGUAAAUGAUAAUGAUGUGAAGAGUGCAGACGAAAGUGAAAAAAAUGUAACAAAUAAAGGUACAACCGAUGAGACAUCUUUAAAUCCAGUGAUUUCGGAACUUAUUGAAGAGAACAUAAAAAGAGUACACAAAUUAAAUAUAAUAGAUGGAUUAUAUCACAACGCUUUAUCCGAAAUGUUAAAUAUUAAUGAGGAUACUGAAAUGAUUUUUAUUCCUGAAAUUCCAAACGAAAGAGAACAGAAAACAUUACCCAAUUUCUCUAAUUUGUACACUUUUUAUUUCCAUUUCGAUGCAAAUUCUGAAGAGGAAAAUGAUAUUAAUGAGGAAACUAUUUCUGAACAAGAUUUCAGUCAAGGAAAAAGUGAAGAAGAAAAAGGAACUGGCGAGCUAUCAAAAUCUACUACCGUGACUGAAAAAGAAGAAUCGUCCGAAAAAUCGGCCUCUAAUGAUAAUACUUCUUCAACAACUCAUGCUUUACUUCUUCCUAGUGAAGGAAAAGUUGAAGAAGAAAAAGGAACUGGCGAGCUAACAGAAGAAAAAAUGCACAAACAUGAUAUAUCUUUUACAAAUAAUCGGUAUCUAAUUCAUUUAUUAAUAAAAAAAAAUUCAGAAUAUUUAAAAUAACUAUUUACAAGGUAAAUAUAGGGAUGUAAUUUCAGAUGAAAAUCAAUUGUCUUCAAAGAAAGAUAUUAAAUCGGGAAAAAUUAUAGGCGAAUUAUUAUCAUGUGAAAAAAAUAAGGCAAAAAGUGUUCUCAAUUUUGAAUUUAAGGGUGAAAAAUGUUCCAUUUUUCAAAAACAUCACAUAAUUAAACGUGUACAAUCCAAUUUUAAAUUCGUUUUUAUAAUUAUUAAAAAUCAAUUAACAAUUCUGUUAAUUGCUACACAAGAUAUUAAAAAUGAAGAAAAUUUAUAUUUUCCUGCAUAAAUCAUUUUGUAAAAAAAUCUCAAAAAAAUUAUUUGUUUUGUAACAUAUA